AUGGCGAAGCCUUCGGUCGACUACAGCCUCUACCUGGUGACGGACUCGACACCCGCCAUUCUCGGCGACAAGGACCUCUGCCAGGUCGUCGAGGCCUCUCUGCAAGGUGGCGUCACAUGCGUCCAGUACCGCGACAAGCAUAGUCCCAGGGAUGUGGUCGUGGAUACAGCAAAGAAGCUCCACGAUGUCACCAAGAGAUAUGGUGUGCCCCUGCUAAUCAACGACCACGUCGAUGUGGCCGUCGAGGUCGAAUGCGAGGGUGUCCACAUUGGCCAGGAUGACAUGGAAUUCCAGAGGGCUAAGAAGCUGCUCGGUGACAACAAGAUUAUCGGUGUCACAGCUAGCACUGUCGAUGAGGCCAAAAAGGCUGCCGCCGCUGGAGCUGACUACCUGGGCAUCGGUACUGUCUAUGCCACGUCCACGAAAAAAGACACAAAAUCUAUCAUCGGCCCGGGCGGAGUUAGUUCAAUCCUUAGCGCACUUGUCUCGGCUGGACAUGGGUCCAUCCAGACAGUCUGUAUUGGGGGCGUCAACACGUCCAAUGCGCGUCAAGUCAUGUCCCAGAGUGUAUCUCCGCGCAAGGCUCUCGAUGGCAUCGCCAUUGUCAGUGCCAUUGUUGCUGCCGAGGAUCCGGCCGCUGCCGCAAGGGACCUGGCCGGCCAGGUCAUCUCAGCCAAAGUUCCAGAUGUGGUACGUGCAGUUGCGGAUAAGACACCCCUGUCACACAACAUGACCAAUCUGGUGGUUCAAAAUUUUGCAGCCAAUGUUGGGCUCGCCGUUGGAGCCAGCCCCAUCAUGGCCAACUACGCCGAGGAAGCGCCCGACCUGGCUAAGCUUGGCGGGGCUCUUGUCAUUAACAUGGGCACCGUAACGCCCGACGGACUCAAGAACUACGCACGGGCUCUCAAGGCGUACAAUGAGGCUGGACGACCCGUCCUCCUUGACCCUGUUGGGUACGUGCUUUCGGCUUCGGCCCCACAUAAUAGGAAGGCCCAUCAUAUUACACGAGUUGGCGUUGCUGACAAGUUGGCAUUUCUCAGAGCCGGUGCUACUGCCGUCCGUCGCGGCGCCGUCAAGACCCUCCUCUCAUCCGGGCAUUUUACCGUCAUCAAGGGUAACGAGGGCGAACUUCUGACUCUCCACGGCGUCUCGGUCACCCAGCGAGGGGUUGACUCCUCGUCGGAUCUCAAUCUUGCACAGAAGGCCCAGUUAGCCCGCGACCUCGCCCGUGCUCACACCCCCUGUGUCACCCUCCUGACAGGUGUGACCGACAUACUGAGUGACGGAAAGAGGACGAUUCGUGUAGACAACGGUCACGAGCUGCUGGGUAUGGUUACGGGGACUGGCUGCACACUCGGCACUACAGUAAGUGCUAUGAUUGCAGCAUACCCGGCCGACACCCUGGUUGCGGCCGUUGCGGGUACUGCCAUGUUUGGUGUAGCAGCCGAGAUGGCGGCCGUGAGGGCCGAUGUUCGCGGACCCGGGACAUUUGUUCCCGCCUUCAUUGACGAGCUGUACGCCAUCAGGAAGGCCACCUCUGACGGUGACAUGAGGUGGUUGACCAUGGUCAAGAUACGAGUCAUUGAUGUCCCAGAGGCAUAG